UCUCCCAAUCCUAGUGGGCUCUCCCAAACAGGUCUCCCUCCCAAAUCCAGUGGGCUCUUCCAAGCGGAUCACUCUCCCCCAACGGUCUCUCGCCCACUCUUCUCGGUUGGUUUGGCCUAGAGCUGCCCCCGAGCCGUGUGUUAGAAGAGCGAGCGCCCCCGCCACAGUAUCCCUCGAGGAUGAAGCCCCGUUCUGGCCGGGAGCGCAUGCGAAUAGUUUACGUGAACAGCUUCGGCACCCACCGCUGCGGCUCCGUGAUCCAAUAUGGCGGCGGCCACAGGCGCCGUGAGGAGAAGGCCGCCGCUUCCGGUGUCGUAGACAGAGAUAUGUCCUCUACUUCCGGUUUGAGCCGGAGGCGGGGGGCGCCUUGCGUGGGGCUGAGGGGCGAGGCGGGUGCCGUUUCCAGGGAAGGUCGCGGAAGCCCUAGGUGCCCAAUCCCGCCUGGCACCGGUCCGAGGGGCGCUGAGUCGUGUGCUGCCGCCCAGGGACCGAGCCAGGGUGGCCAGGCAGGGGGAGCCCCCAGUCUCCGGGAGAGGGGGCCGGGGCUGCGAUGCACACAGAGCAGAGCCGGCGGCAGCGCGCAGACACCCGGCAGCCCUGCCCUCGCGCCCCCGGCCAGCCAGCGAUACGGUGGUCUUCAAAUGAAUCAGGCUGAUAAGUUUGGAUUCCCUUUCACUUCUAAAGUUGUUAAUAAAGUAAGAAAACGGAAAAUGGAAAAGUCUGAAGUCUUUCAUGGAGUGUUGAAAGUAAUUUCAAAAAUGCUCGAAGAAAAUGAAAAGUUUAGAGGCAGACUGUUGACUUGCAGUCAGUUUAAUACUGAAGGCAGUGAUGUGAACCAAAGCUCACAGAAUGAGGCUUCCUGCAUGGACAGAUGGCAAAAGAUAAGGACACCUCUGAGGAAAAGGGAAUUAUUAUGCCUUGAUCCUGAGAGAUGCAGAGUGCCUCCUGAGGCAUAAGAAAUUCUGAGUGCUUUCACCUCCUAUUGAUUUCAGCGCUUCUUAGAACUGGACCCUUUUGCUUCUUCCACAGUGUAUGUGGCAUGUCAAUGAGAUGCUCUGUUGUAUUGCGCUAAGUGUGUCUGAGUAAAAUAAGUGGUUUUGCUCAACAGUGGAUGUUGCUGGGUUGAUUAUGAACAUGGCUGAUUUGUGCAUGUUAUUGGUGUUCAUGAUGAGAAUAAAUUAUUUUAACUAUGAAAGUGUGGAAAUUACCGCAUAUUUGGCAUUGUUGUACAGACAAAUAAUGGAGAGAGAUUAUAAGAACAGAACUGUUGCUCAAAGGUUCAUCAAAGCACUGAGAAAUGCUGCUGCUUUUCCAGAAUGUUGUCAUCUAUAUUUUAAAGUUAAUAAUAAAUGAACAUUUAA